UGACUACAGUACACCUUUCACUUCGCCGCUUUCCUCAUUCUUUCGCUCGUGUUCUACCUUUAUCAUGAGCGAAUACUGGGUUUCUCAUAAGAAAUAUUUCUGCAAGUACUGUAAUAUCUACAUCGCGGAUGAUGCACCAUCCCGAAGGCAACACGAGACUGGCCUGCGCCAUAAAGGCAAUGUAGAACGAUUCGUGCGGGGCCUUUACAAGGCUGGAGAGAAGCGAAAGCAGGAUCUAGAGGAAGAAAAGAGGGAAAUGGUUAGGGUGGAUCAGGCCGCUCAAGCAGCAUACGCUCAGGACGUUAGUGCUGGCCUCGUCAAGCCAGGCAGUAGCAGUACGUCUAUUGCACUGAAGCCUGCUGUACUACCCAAACCUGCUGCGCGGUCUUCCGACCCUUAUGCCAACUACACGACGGCGCAGUCAUUAGGAAUAACAGACCCAGAUGAGGAGAGAGCAAAAGCAGAAGCUGAGCGAAGGCGGACUGAGGGUGUAGCCGGGGAAUGGCAGUUUGUUCCUGUUGAAACAACACCUCCAGUGGAGGAAGUUCCAUCGGCUGCAUCGACCUCGUCGGCGACAGAGCCGACAGAGCUCAGACUUAAAAGAGAGGCGCCAGUAAUCGUUGACGAAGAAGAUACCCGCUCAUUCCGUUUCAAAAAGAAGAGGCUUGGUGCCGGAUUAGGAGAAAUAUACGAUCCAGGUCCCAUUCCGAUUAAACUGAAAACGAAGAAGGAAGAAUCUCCUUCGAAUGAAGGUCUAGCCGGCUUGGGGUCUGUCGAUGCAGGUCCCUCCGGGCCUAUCACACCUGCCACGAGUGUACCCAGAUGGUCAGCAAGAGGUUGGAAGAAACCCACGGAUCGUGAAACGACCAGCACUGUAACAAACGGCACAACGACCGUCAAGGAAGAGGUUUCCGAUUCUAGCUCUCAAGUGAAGGGCGAGCCUCUAGAACAAUCGGAGCCUGCGUUGUCACAUAUCUCAACUUCGUCUUCGAAAGAUAUUCCUUCUGGUGAUAUAAAGGUAGAAGAUGUCAAAAGUGAAGAAAUCGAACCGCCUUCAACAUCGUCAGCAUCGUUCGGAGGACUAUUCAAAAAGCGCAAGAUUCGUGCAGGGGGCAACGCAGGGAAUAGAGGGAGGAGGUUGUGAUGAGGCUGCCUUGGUAGAGGAAAACAUGUCGUUUCUGGUUAUCAGGUGAAUCAAUGAAUCUGAUACUUACUCCUACGUUGUGUUAACAGGCAUGAACUUAGUAUAAUCCUGAUUUUACGCCAUUCCAGUCCAUUUGUGCCUGUGUUGGAGGCGGAUUUCAUGUUGUUCCCGAGUAGGCCGCUAUUGGAAUGCGCAGAGUAGAAGAAAAUGACCUUAAAAAGCCGAAGUGAGACGCAACCAUAGAUCCAAGUGACUUGAUAAUUCUAUGCUCCGCCACCCUUAGCGUCCCCGCCAAUAGACGCGCUUACAUUGCCUGCACAAUCUCUUCGACCAGUGAGGUUAGUCAAUGGGUCGAUACUGCAGAGGAAAAUAACCUACUCGCCCCAGCUCCCUUGAUGACCGUCCGACCUUCGUUCUGCACAGAACUACCAUUGGCAUUGCCACAUUCGUCGGACUUCGGAUGGCCGCUGUUUCCUUUACCUCCCUUUGCUGCCAGUUGCGCUACCGCCUCCUGUAAAACUGCUAUCUCCAGCUUGGUCACAGGGAUUAGCUAUCAGCUUCUUCCUUCUAUCGGAUAGCUCUUACACUCGCCGGGUGCAUGGCCGUUCCAGAUCACAUCACCUUGGUUGGAAAUGCUGCUGCCAUUUGUGCUGCCGGAGUUUCCGGACUGCGCGUUUCCGCCUUUGCCCUUUGGUCUGGCUCUAGACUUCGUGGGGUUACUGUGAUGAAGUUGGGAUCUGGGCAAGACGGGCGGAUGACAUUUGUUCGCUCUGUUGCAGUAGGCAUAUCUUGACAGAAGGAUCGGUAUUGCCAGCAAUGUCUGUCAAGACUAAUUCUAGCAUUGGGAAAGCCGAAUGGGGUUCAAUAGCACUUACGGGCUUUGCAGCCGUUCACAAUGGUUCCGCUAGAGUUAUAGAUGGCGUCUCCGUUC